AUAGAGAAUGGUGUAUCCUGAACAGUUAAAUUUGGACCAGGUAGUCCACAAAUCUGCUCAAAAAGCCUCUUCAUGGUGCAGCGAACCAUUGGAAGAGACUAGCAAUAAUGUUAAUGUUCAAGAAACGCAAACUAAUGGAUCUGUGAACGAAAAGGUUAACAACAGUUCCUACAAAAAUGGAGGAAUUCAUCAAACGACAGCAAACAAGCAGUUUAUUCAAGAUCGCAUAAGACACUUAGUGGACGCAUUUUCUACCAGAGCUCAGGCCGCCAGAGAACGCAUCGAAACCCCCGCAACUCCUUCGUCUGUCAGCAGUAGAGAAACGAUCGAUCAACAACCUCCUAUACCGAUGAAGCAAAAAUUGAGUAUUUCGUUUUCUGAUAAACAUAUCGAAGAAAGUUUCGAAGAAAAAGAUGAAUCAAAAGGAUUCAAACAACGCUUUGAACGAAAAAUAAUUGAUCCUAAUGGUCGAUUCUACGUCAUCUGGAUGUCGAUUGCCGCCAUGUCAGUAUUCUACAACGCUUGGGUGAUUCCCAUGAGAAGUACUUUUCCUUAUCAAACAAAAGAAAACCGAGCCAUUUGGAUGGUGUUCGAUUAUAUAGCAGACUUUAUUUAUAUAACAGACGUUUUUUGUAUUCAGCCCAGAGUGAAGUAUUUACAUGAGGGGUUCUGGGUGACGGAUAUAAAGUUGUUAAGAAGCAAUUAUAUGAAAAGUAAAAGAUUUAAGCUAGAUUUGUUAUCUCUGCUACCCUUAGACUUUCUCUACAUAAUCUGGGGUCCAGAAUUUGUAAUUCUACGUCUGCCAAAGUUCUUUAAAGUUCACACUUUUUGGGAAUUCUUCAGCUUAGUCGACAAAUUAUUGUCAAAUCCUUACGUUAUCAGGAUCUCCAGAACUUUAAUGUAUAUGAUGUAUCUUAUUCAUCUGAACGCAUGUGCAUACUAUUCGUUUUCUGCCUGGGAGGGAAUUGGUAGCAAUAAUUUUGUUUUUAAUGGAAAAGGAAAUGCUUACAUUAAGUGUUUUUAUUUUGCCACCAAAACAGCGACUUCUAUAGGAAAAAAUCCCAAACCAACACAAGAAAUAGAAUAUAUGUUUAUGACCUUCUCAUGGCUGAUGGGGGUCUUCGUAUUCGCUCUUUUAAUAGGUCAAAUUCGAGAUAUUAUAUCCACAGCUACCAGAUCCAAAACCGAGUACCGAAAGUUGGUAAAUGAGACUUUAGAGUACAUGCGUAGAUUGAAUUUACCCCAGGAUAUGCAGCGAAGAGUCCAAUUGUGGUUUAACUAUACUUGGGAAACACAAAGAACUUUAGAUGAAAACACUAUAAUGGAUUGCCUACCCCACAAGAUGAAAACGGACAUAGCUAUAAACGUCCAUAUCCAAACUCUGAGCAAAGUCAAACUGUUUGCGGACUGCGACGAAGCACUUCUUAGAGAACUGGUGCUGCAAUUGAAAUCUGUACUAUACUUACCCUCAGAUAUAAUUUGCAAAAAAGGAGAUGUUGGAAAGGAAAUGUAUAUAGUGCAAUCAGGAAAAGUUCAGGUAAUAGGUCCAAAUGAAAACGAAGUCCUUGCCACAUUAUCAGAAGGAUCUGUUUUUGGAGAAAUAAGUCUCUUGGGAAUACCUGGAAUGAAUAGAAGAACCGCAGAUGUAAGGUCUCAAGGAUACUCAAAUUUAUUUGUCUUGAGUAAAGCUGACCUUAAUGAGGCUCUAGCUCACUAUCCUGAAGCUCAAGAAUUGCUCAACAAAAAAGCAAAAUCGCUCAUGCGAAAGAACGCUGAUCUGGAAAGAAAACACAAAGCAAUGAUUGUUAUUAAUAACCCCACAUCUCCAGAAAAGCAGACGAAGUUUUUAAACACAGUUCUUCAGGUAUUGCCUCCUGGUUCAGCUACAAACAGACUUCUGCGUUUCGGCAGUAGAGGGAAACCCUCGACAAAUCCAGAAUAUGACAGAUUUAAAUACAGAAAUAGCUUACCAAUAAUAAAAGCGAGGUAUGGUAGUUUUGACAAUUAUUUUGAAGGCAACGUAACUGUCCAUCGCACCAUGACUUGA